GAAGUGACUCAAACGAGUGAACAUCGCCAGUUGCGCAAAGUGACUUCUGGCCACAGACCUAAUUUUACUCUUUCAAAUGAGUUUCUUUUGCACGGCUGGUGCUCUCGUGCUUGCAUUUUGACUUCAUUUUGCAUUUUUUUAGGUCUAUGAAUAGUUUUAAGAACAUGUUGAUAUAUUUUUAGGCCAUAGCUACAAAGGAAUUUAUUCAGAAGACUGUCUUAAUACCCGUAAUAGGGCGAAUAAUUGCAAUAAACGAAGGUAACAGGUAGCCACUGAACUGCGUAAGUAUUUAAAAAUUCAUCACCCUCUGGUUUUUCCACAAGUACAGAAAUGAUCAAAGUUGCUCUAGCUGUUUAUGAAAGUUCCUUUGAUUCAACUGUUUUAUAGGGUUAUGUUAAUUAACUUAUGAACGAUUCGUGAAAGCAGAGCUGUUUGAUAAGAACAUUUGGGACUGAGAUCAAGAUCUGAAGUUAUCUAGGCAUUUUUGGUGACCUGGGCAAUGGCAGAGAGCGUCAGCCGUCGAUUGAAUGAGUAUUUACGUAACGGACAGGCUGGCGAAGGCACGGGUCAGUCUCACCAAGGAUACGACAACAGCCAAGAUGGAAUAGCACUAGGGAGAACACCCGAAUGGGACGCACAGAGGUAUAGAACAAGAGACAGAAGAUCAAGUGUAACGAGCUUUGCUGAUUUGUAUGAAAGAGCAGUGAAGAACUUGCUCAACAUCAGGCCAUUAUUCGACUCUUCCUUGGAAAUCUUUGGGCCAAAGGCAAAUGAAACCGCUGCCCACUCACACCCUUCCAUUCCAAUACAAACAAGGCAAUAUGUUUCAGAGAGAGGCCAACUGAGAGAAACGAGGGACACAGAGAGCAAAACUAAUGACAAACAAAACCAGCGGUCUGCUGAAAUUGCUCAUGCCCCUGGCGACUACCUGUAUCGAGAGAAUGAACAUUCCAGCAACGGCUUUUUUGAACAUGUCCUAGCAGAACAUGCGCGUCAUAACAGGCAUACUUUCCCUUAUCUACCGCAAAGGCGUGGCCUUGUAGUUAAGCAAAAUGAUACUACAACUCAGGUUAACAAUAGAUGUGAAACGAACAGCGUUGCAUACAAGAGUGCUGGACAGAACAACCGUCAGAAAGAAAAUUUCGAACAGCAGUUUCAUUGGCAACAUAAUAAUGAACAACGCCAUCGACCAAGUAUGUUUGACGAUCUUAGAUACCAUGCUCGCUUGGUGCUGUCCGCUGAGGUAAAUGCGCGGAAAUCAGACACAGAGCAUGACGUUAAAAUGACAGCGGAAGGAAAUGGCCUCGUAAGUAAUAUUAAAGUGGAAGAAAGCAAUACUGAAAACGAGGUUAGCUCGGCUACUGACACAAAAAUGACUGAAAAAGAACAAAUGGAUUUGAUUAGAGAGCGGAUAAUAAAAGAAAAUCAAAAGUUAAAGUAUAGACCUUACAGUUUACGGAGUAAAAGAAAUGAUAUAAAGAAGAACAAUAAAAGGUUAAAAAAGAAAAAGAUAAAAAAGAAAAGUCCUGUUAAGAAUUUUUGGAAACCUACUACUCCACAAGAACUGUUUCUUGCACAGUUUGGUUUAAUGAAGAAAAUGCUGGAGACACCUAAACAAACGGAGAAAAAUGGAAGAUCAGCAAUAUGAUAUGUUUCGUGCAUAAGUUGCAGUACUUGGAAAGAAGGUGGCAUUAUGACACUUUGAAGCAAGUACCAAGGUCCAUUUUUAUCUACGCAAUGGUAGUGGUUCAGUGUUGAAUGUUAAAACAGUUUUAAUACCUUUUUUUGAAUCAAGUAAAUGAUAUCCUCUAAGUUUCAAAUCACUACAAUGAUUGUUUUUAGACUACUAGUUCUGUACAUUCGUCAAUUAUCAAACGUGAAAUGAGUUUUCUAUCAAGCCUCGUCGGCAUUUAGCUGAAUUUGCUUCAAUUUUAACAAGUUGACGUCAAAAUGCCGAGCUAAACUUAUUAUCAGCUGGGAUCAGCAAUACCAGGUACCCGGUACCCAUAGGCUAGGCCCUGUUACUUACGAUUAUUCAUAGGUUGAUUUUGGUCCGACUAAAUCUAAAAAGUGGUCUUAACACAUAUCCCUUUCUUUACAAUGGCUGCUAGGAAAACGUGUAAUUAUUUUUGAGAAAAAAGCAGCAGAGUGUAGGGAAUAGUUAGGAUGGUGCUUACAAACGUUAGGCUCUCAGACGAUAAAUUUUCCCACCUAACGACGUACGCAAAAUUUGACCUAUUUUGAGUUGUUGUAUUUAUUUCAUUUGACGAGGAAAUUCUCCCAAAAUGGCCAAAGUCCAAGAUAAAAUGCUUCUACCUACAACUAAAGAGAGCGAUUAUCAUUCAUUCACCAAAAAAAAUUUUUUUAUGUUUUCUGAAUUUUGCAAACUUAGAUAAAUACUCAUGCUUAUUGUGUUAUUAAUUGAGAUUUUCAAAUUAGUUACCUUGACAAUUUAUAGUUAUGAUUUCCCUGCGAUUAAUGCUUUAUCCCCUUGUUCAUCUAGCCUCCAAAAUGUGGCUUUUUGCUAGAAAAAGAACCAGGGGCAGAGAGGAAUUUAGGUGUUUCACUAAAUUGUAAUAUUUCCUAGGAAGCUCCAUCGGUUUCUCUAGGCGUUUUAAGAAGAUUCAAUGACAGCAUUUACAUGUAAAACUUUGAGAGAAAAAAGGGUUAAUUCUGCCAUUUCUAAUUUGAAAGUAGCAGCAAAAAUUGUGCUCUUAGUUUUGUCUGCAAAUAACAAUCAGAAUGCUUGACCUCUCAAAAAAAUACAUUAGUUUUUGUGGUUCAAAUUUUUGAUACAGAGUAAAUUUGUUAAUCUUUUGAUGCACUACGAAGCAUAUAAGGCGUGAUCGAUAAGAAUUCGAUUUGUCUGUAACUGUUGCUAGAUAAAACUUGUUUCUUUAAUGCUUUCGCCGCUGUAUCUUGUGAGCCUUGUACCUUGUGGGCCUUGGACAAAAUUUGACGGCC